GUAAUAAUAAAAUAAUGAUAACAACAACUCUAACCAUAUUUAUCUGCAGUGUUACUUAAAAAAAAAAAUAAAUAAAAUAACAAUAGGUUUAAAGUAAUAAUAACGUUCAAAUAAUUGGAGGGAAUGAAUAUUUGUCGAAAUUUAUUAAUUGGUGUUGUUAAACGGCCUGUCAUUCGUCAUUUUACUGUCACCCAAAUAGUAUUUCAUAAGGAAACUAAAAACAUGUCGGAUACAAACAAAGAGGAAUUGCGAAAACGAUUGACUCCUAUACAGUGGCAUGUCACUCAAGAGAAAGGAACUGAAAGACCAUUCACAGGAUGUUACAAUAAAUUUUAUGAAAAAGGAACCUAUACGUGUAUUGUAUGCGAUCAGGAAUUAUUUUCAUCAGAAACAAAGUAUGACAGUGGGUGUGGCUGGCCAGCAUUCAAUCAAGUGUUGGAUCAAGGAAAAGUCAAAUUGACCAAAGAUACUACAAAUGUUGGUGGCAAUCUACUAUUGCUGAUCGCAAACCCAGAUAUGGUGCGGACCGAGGUGACCUGUUCAAAAUGUGGAGCUCAUUUAGGCCACGUAUUCAACGAUGGCCCAAAACCGACAAGAACAAGAUUCUGCAUCAACUCCGCCUCUAUAAGCUUCCAUGAAGCCGGAGAAGCUAAAUCAAACAAGACGUAAUUUAUCAGCAUUUAUAUUUACAUAUUAUAUUAAGUAUAUUUGCACUUGAUCAGUUUAUUUUUUUUUCCUCUAUAAAAUAAUUAA